AUGGACGCCUCGCCCCGGCCGGCGGGCAUUCGCAGGCACUGCCUGAGGAACGCGAGAGCAGCGAAUCGCUUCGUCUUCUCUGCCGUCUUUGCUUCGAGGCCGCCGACUCACGCUGCUGCUCUCUGGUCGCCAGAAAGGCGCGGAGUCAAGGGAUCUCUGCUGCCGUUCCUCUCUCUCGUCGCCCAGCUUGCUGCUGUCGCUGUCUCCCUCCCCCGCUCUCCGAAGGUAGCCGCUGAGGCCUGCGGUGUACGCACCCCCAACACCAGGAAACAACGCGCGACAGGUUGUCCGCUCCUUCGACAAGCCUACAACAUGGCGAAAACUGAGAACGCCCCUGCAGAAGCAGCCUCGCUGGCAGCCGAGGCAGUACGAGCUUUCCAGAAGGCCUUUGACUCCUCCCUGCCCGACUUCCUCGCCGUCGCUCCUGGCAGAAUUAACAUCAUCGGCGAACACCUGGACUACUCAGGCUACUCGGUUCUUCCCAUGGCAAUUAACAGAUUCACGACUUGUGCAAUUCGGUCAGUUCCUCAUUUGAACUCCGUGUCUGGUGCGACCGUCGAACUGGCUCGGGAGACAGAAAGUCGACAUGGCGGCGAGAAAGGCGCAGUCUCCACCCAUUCCCUGGAGUGUCCAGACACCCCGCAGAGAAAUGGAGACGCGAGCCGGCUUGAGUCCAGUGAAGCCUCCUCUGACGACAGGUCGUCUUCAUCUCUCAUCCCUGUCUCUUCUUCUCCUCUACCGUCUUCUCCUCAGUGUUCAGCGGCUUCUUCACGCUCGCUUCCUUCCGCCUUUUCGCUGUCUCCUUCCUUACCAUCUUCUGCUCCCUUCAUCGACCUCCGCCACACGAGUGAGCGCUCCUUCGCGAGUCUCUCUGUGCAGUCCCCCGAGGCGCUGCCUGCGCUUCUUCGCCGCCUGACUGCAGCCGAGAAGGGAGGCCGGAAACGCGGCGAAGGAGCGCGAGAACAGAACGAACAAGCGCGAGAACAGAACGAACAAGCGCGAGAGGAGAGACAAGUAACGCGCGAGGACAGCGCGAGAGAACCGAGCGCAGAGCGAGACGCAGAGGCUGUGAGGGAGAUCAAGCGAACUCGGGAGAAAGGCGAAUGCGACGUGAGCGAGAAGAACCGUGCAAAGGCAGAGAGAGCGACGCAGGAGUCGACAGACGCCAAGGAGACAGAGACAGAACGACCAAAAACUGAGAGCUGGCACAAAUACCCUCUGGCUGCUGUUGUGGGAGUGCUGGAAUACCUGAUAAGCGACAAAGAUCUCAAUGCUGUGGGUCGACUCGUAGGCGCCGGAAGAACAGAAGAAGAGCGACAAAAGGAACUCUGCAUAUGGCGAACAGCCUGUGAAAAGGCCUUUCUCGCCUCCGACGGACGCCGCCUUCCUCGGCUCCAAAUCCUCAUCGGAGGCAAUCUCCCCAUGGCCGCUGGCCUCUCGUCCUCUUCGGCGCUCGUGACGGCGGCCGUCACCUGCGUCUGUACAGCUCUGAACCUGUCGGUGACGCGGGAGGAAAUCGCAGAGCUGGCGACGCGGUCGGAGCGACAUGUCGGCACCGCAGGUGGCGGAAUGGACCAGUCGGUGAUCGCCGUUUCUUCGGAGAACUCUGCGACGCUGGUCUCCUUCUCUCCUCUCCAUACACGGCCUGUGCGUCUCCCGGAAGGCUUCGCCUUCGCUGUGGCUCACACACUGGUGGAGAGUCCAAAAGCCGUUCAUGCAGCCAAGCUUUUCAACAAGCGAGUCCUGGAGUGUCUCUUUGCGGCUCUCCUUCUUUUCAAGUUGACGCAGCCGGGCAAGCCGCUACCGCGAGGGGAAGCGUUGCGGUCGUGGACUCUGCGGAGAAGCCAAGAGCUCGCUGGAGUUUCUCUCUCUGAAGCCGUUGCGCUCUCGCAGGCGAAGCUGGAGCAAGAGUACUCGAAGCGUCAAUUGGAAGAAGAACUGGGGUCGACCGUAAUCUCCGAAGUCGUGGAUCUCCUUCCGGUCAUGGAAGCUGUCUGGACGCAGAACGACGUCUUCUGUCUCCGACAACGCGCCGUCCAUGUGUUCAGCGAGGCUGCUCGGGUGCAUGCAUUCGUUGCGGCAUGCGAGCACCCUGACUCUUCGUUCGUCGAGAAACUCGAGGCAGUGAGCAAGCUGAUGGACGCGUCUCACCUCUCAUGCUCACGCCUCUACGACUGCAGCUGCGAGGAGGCUGACCGCUUCGUUUCCGUCGCCGUCGACACUGGGGGUGCCGCAGCUUCUCGAAUGACUGGCGCAGGCUGGGGCGGGUGCACGGUCUCUCUCCUCCCCAACGAGGACGCGGGAAGGCAGUUCAUUGCGCGGCUUCGAGGCCUCUUUGUCGAGGAGAGUCCGGCUCUCGCUGAAAAUGGCGGCGCCCCCCGCAACGCCGCCGAGCGCCUCGCGACCUGUCUCCGCUGGGACGCUCUGUCUUCCGAAGGGAAGGCUUCCGCCGCUCAACAGCCUUCCUCUCCCUCCUCUUCCCGUUGCUCUUCUCUCUCGUCCUCUGUCUCCCCCGAUCUCUCUUCGUCUGCUUUCGGGUGUUCUUCUGCUUCGAGCGAGAGAGCCGAGCACCUGCGCGAAGCAGACCGAGUGGACUCUGUCCUCUUUGUGGUGAAAGCCGUGGGCGGCGUCGAGCUGCUGCGCGUGUCAUCCGGAGAGCGAGGCGAGGGACGGAGACGCGCCGCCGCGGCAGAGCAUUGGAGCCUCGAGGCCGUUCCGCUGCCGCGAAAGUCGUUCCCCGCUUCGGCUGUUCUUUCCAGGCCGAAGUUCUAG